GAUUUGAUGUAUACUUGUCGUGACUAACCGACUGCAGCUCCAUGUACACUCAAGCUUGGGGCGCCAGCUACGCGAAGAACGCAGGGCAAUGGCGCGGACAGGACCACUACACCAUUGGUCUGAGUUAUAUCUCCUCCAACGCAACGAUCUCAGGUGAUGUCAGCUGUCCUUCAGAUGUGCCAUAUCUCAGCGCUAGUGGUGCUGCCUUCUGCUCGGCUUACAUCGCCUAUACUCCCCCUACGACGACCGUGUCUACUCAAACCGUCACUCCCGCAGUCUCCACUGUGCUCUCGACUCAGAUCAGUCUCCAGACCGAUACUAUCUACAGUACUGAGCUACAGACCAGCGUUCAAACAGCAACUUUGACCCGCCAAUUGAGAAGAGACAUACAGACCCCUGCAUCUCUUUCGACAUGGUCUCCAUCGCGUAUCUCGGCUGCUUGCUCGGCCGUCGCUACCGGUACAAACACGGCAACUGCCACCGAGACUGCCGCGACGCCUUACACUACCAUCGUCACAACCCAAGUGCAAAGUCUUACUCAAACCAUCCCUACCACUCUUAUCGUCCAGACAACCACGACCACAACCCUCGACCUGGCACCAAUUCCAACACCCGUUGUAGGCCUCAAUAUCAUCCAGAACCCCUCAUUCGAGAACGGUCAGACAUCCUGGUCCUGUUCGGGCCAAGGCUGUCGUAGCUGGUCAUACCAGCCAGCAGCCCAAGCAGGAAGCGGCUACUUAAUCGUCGAAUUCGGUCAAUCCUCAUCCACCGUAAGCCAACCUCUGACCAACCUCAAGCCCGGUGCCUCGUACACGUUGAGCUUCUACAAUGCUGCACAAACAUACAACACCCCCAAUUGCAACAUCCAAGCAUACUUGGACUCCACCCUUUUGACGACUGCCAAAUUGGUCGACGGUUACAACGGCUACCAUUAUGCCUACACCUCUGCUAAGGUCACACCCACUGCGACCAAGCAAACCUUGAACCUAGUCAUGAGCUGUAAUCCCACAGGAAACCAGUUUUUGUUCCUUGACAAUGUCCAGUUCUAUGCCAACUGAGGUACAUGGGGUGAUAUAUAGUCAGGCCAAAGCGGGAGGGAAGGCGAGGUAAAAAAAAAAAAGAACACAGGGAGCGGAGUCGGU